AUGGCGCGAACAGACCGGGAUAUAUUGCCAGACAAUGUACGACCGUCGAACUACAAUCUAUCUUUGUUCGACCUCGAGUUCGGUGGCGGAUGGGCUUACAGCGGCACUGUCAAGAUUGAUGCUGCUGUGAAGAAACCUUCGAAGGAAAUCGUGGUCAAUUCGAAAGAGCUAGAGAUCAAAAGCGCAAGUCUGCGGUCGGUGAACAGUGAAUCGACAGAAUGGAAAGCUUCCAAGAUCGACGUCGAUACUUCGAACGAGCGGGCGACUCUUAGCUUUGCGGAGGAAAUACCUUCUACGGAGGAAGCUGUUCUGACCAUCGACUUCAAGGGGACCAUCAACAAUGCGAUGGCAGGCUUCUACCGGUCGAAGUAUAAGCCAGCGGUUACACCGUCCCAAGGAGCUGCAAAAGAGGGGGAAGAUUACUACAUGUUCAGUACGCAGUUCGAGGCGUGCGAUGCAAGGCGGGCGUUUCCCUGUUUUGACGAGCCCAAUUUGAAGGCCACCUUUGAAUUUGAGGUUGAAAUCCCGGAAGAUCAGAUCGCACUGAGCAAUAUGCCUGAAAAAGCAACCAGAAAAGGUGGCAAGAAGGGCUUGAAGGUGGUAUCAUUCGAGAAAACACCAGCCAUGAGCACAUAUCUCGCUGCAUGGGCUGUUGGAGACUUCGAGUAUGUCGAAGGACACACUGAGCGGAAAUAUAAUGGGAAGAACUUACCAGUCAGAGUAUACACUACCAAAGGACUCAAGGAGCAAGGUCGAUUCGCUCUUGAGCAUGCUUGCAAAACCAUCGACUUCUUUUCCGAGACCUUCCAAAUCGAUUAUCCUCUUCCGAAAUCAGACCUACUCGCAGUUCAUGAAUUUGCAAUGGGUGCCAUGGAGAACUGGGGUCUUGUCACAUACAGAACAAUCGCUGUGCUAUUUGAUGAAGCCAAGUCGGAUUCAAGGCACAAGAAUCGAGUGGCAUAUGUUGUAGCACAUGAACUCGCCCAUCAGUGGUUUGGCAACCUAGUGACUAUGGAUUGGUGGAAUGAGCUUUGGCUGAACGAGGGAUUUGCGACUUGGGUUGGCUGGUAUGCUGUAGAACACCUACAUCCAGACUGGAAGGUUUGGAGUCAGUUCGUUGCUGAAGCUGUCCAAACAGCUCUCCAACUCGAUUCGCUGCGUGCCUCUCAUCCGAUUGAAGUACCUGUGCGGAAUGCUCUUGAGGUCGAUCAAAUCUUCGACCACAUUAGUUAUCUUAAAGGAAGUUCUGUCAUUCGAAUGCUCGGCAAUCAUCUUGGAAACGAGACUUUCUUAAAGGGCGUUGCAGCAUAUUUGAAGGAGCAUGCUUAUGGCAAUGCAACAACCGACGACUUAUGGAAUGCCCUGAGCAAGGCCUCUGGUCAGGAUGUGAAGCAGUUCAUGGACCCCUGGAUCCGGAAAAUUGGGUUCCCGGUAGUGACGGUAGCUGAAGAGCCGGGCCAGAUCUCUGUCCGACAGUCGAGGUUCUUGACCACAGGUGAUGUCAAGCCAGAAGAAGACGAGACGACAUGGUGGAUCCCGCUGGGCCUCAAAUCAGGCGCACAAACAAAGUCUGCCGGUUCCGCUCUGACUGUGAAAGAGGACACCAUUCGUGAUGUUGAUGACUGCUUCUACAAACUCAAUGCCGACCAGAGUGGAUUUUACCGUACUAACUAUCCACCUGAUCGAUUGAUGCAGCUGGGCCGUAUGCGAGAACGUCUAUCCACGCAGGACAGAAUUGGGCUGAUGGGAGAUGCGACGGCUUUGGCUGUGGCUGGUGAUGGUACUACGGCUGGGCUGCUCACUUUGCUGGAGAGUUUUAGAGACGAAGACAAUUACCUCGUCUGGUCUCAAAUCUCAAGUUCACUGGCCAAAUGCCGGGCAGUAUUUGCUUCCAACAAGAAAGUCGCCGAUGGCCUUAGAAAGUUCGCCUUGAACCUCGUAUCGCCUGCGGCAGAAAAGAUAGGAUGGGAAUUCAAGGAAGAUGAAGACUAUUUGACAAUACAGCUUCGAAAGCUUCUUCUUGGGAUGGCAGGUGGUGCUGGACACGAAGGAAUCAUCGCCGAAGGCAAGAAACGAUUUGAGACGUGGAAGUCUGGUGGAGAGCUACAUCAAAACCUACGGGCCGUCGUUCUCAACAUGAAUGUUGCCAAUGGUGGACGCUCGGAGUACGAUACUGUAAAGCACGAAUACCUCCAGAGCACUUCUGUCAACGAUAAAGAGGCCUGUCUCCAAGCCCUUGGUCGAGCUAAAGAUAGCGAUCUCGCUCGAGAUUCACUAGAAUUUGUUACCUCCAGCGAUGUGCCUAUCCAGGACUCGCACUACGGCCCAAUGGCUGUCUCUGCCAAUAACAGUACUCGAGAUGAAGUGUGGAAGUACACUAAAACACAAUGGCAAAGGCUCAAUGAGCGACUUGGUGUCAGCAAUAUCUGUAUGGAUCGAUGGAUGAAGAUGGGUCUCAACAACUAUUCGGAUCAUGGCAUCAGAGAGGAGAUUUCGGACUUCUUCAAGGACAAAGAUACUCGGGCAUACGAUCGAAGUCUGGUCGUCAUCUCUGACACGAUCAAGGGCAAUGCAAAUUAUAAGGAACGGGACGAGAAGUUGGUGCUGGAAUGGCUGGAGGCCCAUGGGUAUGCAUGA